UUGGCCAUGUUGUUAUUGGAUUACUGUUGUUGGAGCAACUGAUGAAAAUGGACUAGACUACAGUCUGUAUUUAUAGGUAGUUGAACCAACCCCUGGAUGGCAUUGAUGUCAAUCAAUUGCUGCUGAUGUUUAAUUCAUGCAAAUCUUGGCCUCCCACCGAGGUGAAUAUGAAAUCAAGAAAGGACCACUUUCAAUACAGGUUUCGAUUUCAUUUCCAUCAGUCUCUCUUCCCAGCAACUUCAAGCAAUAACCAACAAUGGCCAAAUUCGCUACUGCUCUCGUUCUCGUCUCGUUUGUGGCCCUCGCCAUGGCUGGUGAUGGAUAUCACUCUGGUGGAUACAAGGCCCAACCUUAUCAUAAGACCGCUUCUUAUCACAAGCCCGCACCUUACAUGAAAGCGAAAGUGCCGUCUUAUGCUCCCCAGAAGAAAGCUUACAACAACCCAACUUACGAUAUGGCUGGAUACCAAAGCGAGAUGGGAACUUAUUACAACAAGAAACAAUACAAUGUGAAGCCAUCUUAUCCCAAAAUGGAAUCCAAUUACGGUAGCCAUCAGCAAAAGUCUUAUGGCAAUGUUUACCAAGGCUGAAUUGUCUCGUUAUCCCACACCCACGGUCAUAUGUCAUGAGCAAAAUGUCGAAUUCUUUGAUCAAAUUCUUUCAUGUUUUGUUGUCUUUUAAGUGUAUCCAUUGAAAAAGAUUUACUAGAAGAGAAAAAUGAUUGGAUGUAAGUGGUGAAUAAACAACAGCAUUUUAGGGAAA